GGACAGGGACUGCAACGUGUGAUCUGUCACUAACCAGAACUCAAGAAGAACACUGCAGGUUGCAUAUUUAUUGCAAAACCCGCAGCCAUAAUGAGCGCGUUUAACAAAAUCCCUGAUCUGAUUAGCAGCAGUGUAACAACCGGUGUUCAAGGAGGUGAUUUUACUUCAGGAAAUUCAGAUCUUCGAUUGCGCAGCGGAACUAUGGGAGAAAGAACCAAGUAUUACACUUCUGGCACAAUAUACCCGUUCAUGACAACAAGAUCAUUUCCUCGGUUAUUUUGGAGAGAGUUGCGUAAUGUUGCCAAGGAGGAUGAGGCCAAGAAGAUAUUGAUGUUUACCUGUGUGAAUGUGAUGGGAACAAUCCUGCUGCUGUUGUGGUGUCACACCUCUGAUAGCAUGGCACUGACGGCAUAUACAUAUCUCACCAUUUUUGACAUAUUCAGCCUGCUGACAUGCCUGUUGUCAGUGUGGGUUCAGAAACAGAAGCCUACUCCACAGUUUUCCUUUGGGUAUGAGAGGUUCGAGGUCCUGGCUGUUUUUGCCAGCACUACUCUAUCUCAACUUGGUUCCUUCUUCAUUCUCAAAGAAAGUGUGGAGAGACUCCUGCAACAGCCAGAAGUACACAUAGGGCGUUUGUUGGUGGGAACUAUCCUGGCCUUUGUGUUACACAUGGUACUGACUUACGGGGUGAAGAACCGAGCGAUGAACCACGUGAUAGCAGCCUCAGGGUCCAGCUGGCUUCAGGAACACAUGACUGAUAUAAGCGAAAGCCUGUGUCAUGUGAUCCCUGGUCUCAGCAAACUCCUCCUGCCCCGCAUAAACCCAUUUGCCCUGAUUGCCUUUGCUGGGGGCCUGGCACAGGUUGUGGCCUACAUUCUGAUUGACAGCAAGAAUUACCACGUAGCUGACACAUGGGCCGCCAUGAGCAUUGCCUUCAUGAUUCUGGGCACCAUGUUCCCUAUGAGUGUUUACACCGGCAAGAUUCUCCUGCAGACAACUCCGGCUCAUGUGAUUGGUCAGUUGGACAAGUUAUUACGAGAAGCCACUACCUUAGACGGUGUCCUGGAGUUCAGACAUGAACAUUUCUGGACUCUCUCGUUUGGAACUUUAGCUGGAUCUGUUCAAGUCAGAGUCAGAAGGGAUGCUGAUGAACAGCUCGUCUUGGCUCACGUUCACAAUCGCCUCUCAAACCUUGUGGCUGUUUUAACAAUACAAAUAUUCAAAGACGAUUGGUCACGAGGAUCAACUUAUCAGAUGUUUGGCCAAUCAAAUUUUACCUCCCCACCAGGAUCUGGAGUUUCGUCUCCAAGGGCAACCUCACCAUCCCUAGAUGCUGAUUUCUCUGUACAAGGUCUGUCGCCAUACAAAGGCUUCUCACCAGUGCCCUUCCACUCAGGAGCGCUACAGACCAGUUCAGGCCUGUCAGGGUCAGUCUUAUCACAAGCUCCCAGUCUGGCCAUGUCAGGGGGAGCUAACUCUGUAUAUAGAACAGCAGGAGUAAACCCUGCUUCAUACAAGUCAUCCGGAUCUUUCUUCCCUGUUGGAGGUGCUAGUUUCUCUCCAGCGUCUCUCCAUACUCCAUCUGCACCACCCCGGCCAGUUGACGCGUUUGAGGCCUGGAAAACUGACCACAGUCCUGAAGGUCAUAGCCAUCAAGAUCGCAGCCCAUCCAGCCAUGGACAUAGUCAUGAUCACUCCCAUGGAAGCCCUGGACACAGCCAUUGACCAGUUGGUGGCAAAGUCAAAGCCAUCAUCUGGCUAAACUGUCUGAAAUCAUAUGCAUCACAUGAACAUUUGAAGUGUCAUGUAAACAGACAGUAAGUGAAGCAAUUACUCUGCUAUGGGUGCAACAACAUGUAAUUAUGGUGUCUGCAAAGGUGUUGUAAUGGUCUAAGAUAUCAUGAGAGUGUGUAGAUGAUCUCUACUGGAAGCAACACAGUCAAUGUCAAGAUGAUGAUUUACAAAAUCAUGUGAACAUGUGGUUGAUGUGGUGGUACUUUUAUGCGGCAUUCUUUAUGAAAAUGUAAAGUAUCUCCUGCAUUUCAAUAUGAAAAGUCAUUUAGGGGCCUUCUGUAAAGUAUGUACGUUCCUAGGUUUGGGAAGCAGGGGAUGUGUGCUAUACGUAUAUAGGGGGAGGGCUGAGUCAUCUGUUAUUUUGUGUAUGAAAAUUUGAGCAUAUGUACUGCAUUGGCAGCCUCAAUGUAUUUAAAUUAAUAGACUGGAUCUGUGUUCUGGAUUACAUUUUUACUCUCGAAAGAACAAAUUUAUCCAGAAGGAAGAAAUAAAUAUGUGUGAACAAAUCAUUGUAAAAAUUGAAUUUUGUACGUUUGCCCUUUUCAUAUUUAUUAACAAAGUGUACAGAAUUGGCAACAGAAAUCAAAAUAUCUCUGUUACAUGUAUGAUUAUGGUUACUGGGAUAUAUAUGAUGUACAGUGUAUAUAAUACCUGCAGGGGGUCGAGGUGGCUAGCACACGUGACACCUAGGAGCCUCUCCAUAAUGCGGUGGCUGUGAGUCCGGGUGAGAAUUCCAGCUCAAGCUGGCUUCCUCUCCAGCCGUACAUGGCUAAGGUCUGCCAGCAACCUACAGAUGGUCAUGAAUUUCUUCAGGGCUUUGCCCUGUUUCCUCCCACCAUAAUGCUGGCAGAUGCCCUAUAGGUGACAUAUUCUUGUGUACUGCAUAAAACACCAGUCAAAUAAAUUGAAUAAAUGUAAUACUUGAAACUACAUAUUUCUUGUUA